AUGGAUUUUGAUCAUGUCAGACCGGAACACUUGUGUCAUCCUAUGGAGAAAGUUGUAGAAAAGCACCGAGAGGCCCUGCAGAGCUUUUGUGAUGCACUGGGUGAAAAACAAGUCAAGGGAGAGACUCAGUCAUGCAUUUCUCCACGUGAUCUUGUGGAUCGGCGUAAUAAUUCGUAUUCCCGCGAUCGGAAAGACGAGCGCGACCAACGCGACAAAUCUGAAAAUUGGGACAGUGAAAUAAACUCUAGAGCAGAAGAACGAAAGGGUGUGCAAAGAGAAAAUCGUGAUGCGACUCGGCAAUCUGAUAGGACACAGGAUCAUACUGAUCGGCGUAAUAAUUCAUAUUCCCGCCAUCGGAAAGACCAGCGCGACCAACGAGACCAAGACAAAUCUGAUCAACGUAUUAGAAAUGAACGUAAUCGAACGGAUCAACGUGAGCGAACAGAUCGUCGGGAUCGUACGGAUUAACGUGAGCGUACGGAUCGUCGAGAUCGCACGGAGCAACGGGAGGGAAAUGAUUGUCGCGAGAAUACGGAUCGUCGUGAUCGCACGGAACAACGGGAGGGAAAUGAUCGUCGCGAGAAUACGGAUCGUCGUGAUCACACAGAACAACGUGAGCGUGUAGAUCGGCGGUAUCGCACAGAACAAAGUGAGCGACAAGAUCGUCGAGAUCGCACAGAUCAACGAGAACGUGUAGAUCGUCGUGAUCGCACAGAACAAAGUGACCGAACAGAUCGGCGUGAUAAAAUCAAGCCAGUAAGUAAUGAAAAACUAGAGUCGAACGUUGAUAAGCCACGUAAACCUGGUGUCAAAGGAGAAGAACAAAAUAAAGACAUUCAGCAGAAUGAAUCUAUUCCUCAAAAACAAGAUGCUAAUAGAGAGAGCGAAAGAACUGAGAAGCACGAUGAGUAUCUUUCUUCCAUGAAAAACCAAUCUGACAGAUUUAAUGUAGGUACAUUAAGCCCUGGGGGAGAUCGCCGACGGUACAACGAAACUCGUCGCGGUGAUGCGUCUUCAAGACGUGGUAGUCAUGGUGGAACACGCGGGAUGCGUGGUC